ACAUUGCUCACGCAGGCUAUGAUCCGCAACAUUGAAGCAGAUGGCACACGAUCUGGUCAUCUCCAUCUGCGAAACAACAUACGAUGCGGAGACGACCAUGUAAUUCCCUUGCAGUUCGUCUACGACGCGGCAGACUGUCGAACCUUCUACAAGAUUGAUUCGAUGCUUAGUGGUGUUUGCAUCCCUGAAAGCACUGGACAUCGAUCGAGCGUUCUGGGUAGCACUUUCUAUGCUUCACCUACCUAAGCGAUGAACUCAUUUGGGUAAGGAAUGAGACUUCUGAGUAGGUGACCUUCAAGCUUGUUGAAAAAAUAAUGUGGCAAAGUGGAACAUCACGGAGAUUGCGUGAUCCUCGUAGAGGCAGAAUCGAGGAGAGCUCAGAGCAUUCCAUAUACCCAAGGUGACGUUGCUAUUACGCUCCUGUGUCUUGGAAGCAUUUGCG